CAGCUGUGUCAACAACACAAAGUGGCCAUUGUUAUCAAAGGCAGAUUUGAAGUAGAGUAGACACUUUAAAUGUGGUCAUCCCAAGAAAAGAUUAAAAGCAGCACUUUCCAUGGGCUUCAAAAGUGGUCUGAUCUGUGCCUGUCAGCACAGCCUCCUGGAUUUCUUGGUUUUGUGUUGUAGUUGGGGAGAAGCAGAAGCCCAAGGAGGACAUCUCCAUGUCAGCACCCUCUCCAAGUGCUGCCAUGCUACAGUGGCACUCCUGUACCCCUUCACCUGGCAGCACACCUACAUCCCUGUGCUGCCGCCUUCCAUGAUCGACAUUGUGUGCUCGCCCACCCCGUUCCUCAUCGGCCUGCUCUCCAGCUCGCUGCCCCGCCUGAAGGAGCUCCCGGUGGAGGAGGUCCUUGUUGUUGACCUUGUGAAUAACCGGUUUCUGAGACAGAUGGAGGAUGAGGACUCCAUCCUGCCCCGAAAGCUGCAGGUCGCCUUGGAGCACAUUUUGGAGCAGAGGAACGAGCUGGCAAGCGACAAAGAGGAGGGCUCUGUGAAUGGCAAGCAGGAGACCAGCCCUUUGAACGAGGUGGUAUCCGAGGCCUUUGUCCGUUUCUUUGUGGAGAUCGUGGGCCACUACUCCCUCUUCCUGACCCCCAACGAGCGAGAGGAGCGGACUCUGCAGCGUGAGGCUUUCCGCAAGUCCGUCUCUUCCAAGAGCCUCCGGCGCUUCCUGGAGGUCUUCAUGGAGACUCAGAUGUUUGGGGGCUUCAUCCAGGAACGGGAGCUGCGGAAGCAGGGAGUCAGAGGUCUGUUUGAGGUACGGGCUCAGGAGUACCUGGAAACACUUCCCAGUGGGGAGCAGAGUGGAGUCAAUCGGUUCCUGAAAGGACUUGGCAGCAAAAUGAAAUUCCUCCACAAAAAGUAAAGAGCGAAGCACAUCCUCAUUUCACAGAAGAGAAUGGCUUUACCAUUUAACAUCAACAAAUCAGAUGUAUCCACCAUUCCUAUUUGACCUGCUCCUAAGGGCCCACAGCCUUGGGCAAGCUGCCCAAGCUGCGGCCAGGACGCACUCACACAGGACGAUGCGACAGCAGUGGAGCUGCUGGGACAGGUCUCUGGAUAUCGACAGUACUAUGCACUGGACCAAGCACUCUGAACUCUGCAUUAGCACGUUGCAGACAGCCCAGCAGAUCGGAUCCCUUAGCUAGUCAGUUCUUUGUUUUGCUGUAUUUUUCUAUUUAUAUUGGGGUUGGAACAAAUAUUAACCAAUGCCUCUCACCCUGCCUCCUCCCCGCCUGGUGCUGCAGGAUGGCGGUGGGACUGCCACAGGACUGAGCUGGCAGAGCUUGAGCACUGAGGAUGGGAGGAAUGGAGUUGUGUGGACAUGUCUCUGCAGAGCAAAGAUGCUGAGAACUGCAGGGAUGAGGUGGACUGAUGAGGAGGAGCUUCUGAGGGUGAGGGGUAACCACUAAACCUACUGAGGAUAUGAUCAGCCUGCCAGCUACCAGGCUGGCUGCAUCGGGUCCUGGCACGAGGAGAGGCUUUUCCUUACGCAGCAUAAUUAAAAGUGAGUGGUUUAAAAGG